AUGGACAUCCUAGAGUUGGACCACCGGGAAGAUGGGCUCGAGGACCUCCUUAGGGAGGUCCAAGGGUUAUUAGAACCCGAAGCCCCAUUGCCAUCGACCCCCAAAGGGCCGGUGGGUGGGACUUCUCCCUCAGGGACUCCACCGUCCACAGGGACGGAGGAGUCCAAAACGUAUGCAAAUCCGACUCCUCAAUUGGAGUCGGAGACUUCCUCGCCCCCAGGGCCCGUCCGUGCUCCCCUGGCAGAGCCGGAGAAGACGGACCUCGAGGGCGACAACAUUCCCUCUGAAACGUCCGGGGGGGGGGGGGGGGGGGAUACCCCUUCACCAACCCGGGGCCCCACUAAAACACCGGACCUGCCUUCUGGGGAGACAGAAUCUGAUCCCCGGGAGGCCAGUCCAGAGCCCCGACAGUAUCCCCGGGGGAUACCCUUCAGGACUGCUGAUCGCCCGGACGGGCCAUUGGCUGUCCCGAAGGUGCCCCUAGGGGUACCGCUGCCCACUCUUAGGCUCAUGGAGGAAAUAAAGGCCACCGCGGUUCCAUUGGAACCCCGCGUGGCACCUUCCACGAGCCACCCCACAUCCAGACCAGUUCUCUCGACCCCUGCGGAUGAAGCAUCCCUGCUGAUACCCGGGGUGGUCCCCGCGGGAGCCGAGGGGACAUCAUCACCAGGAAGCGCUUCCUGGGGAUGGGAGGACACCGACCGUGUCCUCCACCCUAGGAAGAGGAGGAGAUCCCGGAGGAGGCGGGGUAACACCCCCAAAUCCGGGCUCCCCGCUUCAGAGUCUCCCCUAUCCAGCAGGGAGGGGGAUUAA